GGGAAUUUAUAUACUGUACGUCGAUACUUGGUAAGACUAUAUAUAACAUAAACACGAUUUGACUGAAACUGUGGAAAACUGGAAUUGAAUUGAAGUGAAGAAAUUCUAAUAACUGAUCUGCCUACAUGUUUUAAUUAUUUAGAUGCGGGAUUGAAUAACAAUUUCUUGGAUUAUGCGGAACCCAAACACGGAUAAAGAGAACGGGAUCGUCAAUGAAAUGGCAGUGAAUGGAGCAAGUUCUCUCGAUGUCAGUCAUGUACAAUGUAAUGUACAUAGCAGUGGACUCAAGGGGGAGAAAAUCAAACGUCUGAUGAGAGCUGAUUCGGAUCUUUCUGAUAAAAAUGUGGCUAAAGCCCUGCCACCAAGGCCUUUCCUCAAGGAGCUAAAAAGACAGAAUAGUGUUGGAGACGUGUUAAGCGUGAUAUUGAAUAAAAGCAGAGCUCAGAUCAAUAGUUUAUUUACCAGAAAGUUAAUGAGUUCAGAAAGGCGACAAAGUCAAAGCACACAUUUUGACUCGCUUAAUAACUUUCCUGAUUUUCACGAGACCAAGAUUGUCGCGGAACAGAAUAUGGAUACCAAUACGAGCGAUUCACCUAUAAAACACUGUCAUCAUUUCUCGUCGGUGUUAAGCGAAACCGGAAGUCAAGAACAGACGACGUCCCGUGCAAAAGUGCCAGUCAUUAAACCGUCGCUCAGUCCAACCUUUAAAAACAUUCAAUCUGGGCAAUUAAAACCACAUAUCCGAACUGGUAUGGACGCGUCUCCGAAUCGUGGACCGAGAAAGAUACUUACUAAAAACCAUAGCAUUGAUUUUCCGAUAUCUUCGAACGCUUCAUCAUGCUCCAAUCAACACGCUAUCUAUCAAUGCGGCCAAACGGAUUCAAAAAGUCACCUGUAUCGAAUUUUAAGCUACCUUUAUUUGGGAAGCAUCGAAAGUGCCUACAAUGAACCGGCCUUGUGUAAAGCCAACAUAAACGCCCUUGUUGACAUUGCCAAUGUUCCUCCUAACUUUUCAGUGCCAGGACGCAAGUUGGAAUGUCCUUGCUUCUGUAUAGACAAAUUACAUUUCCGUUCCAAGCUCUACAUUGCAGUGGAUGAUAUUGAAUGGGAGAGCAUGGAACAAUACUUUGAGGAAAUAAACAAUUUUAUUGAAGGUGCAAGGAAAUGUCAUAAAUCCGUUCUGAUCUAUAGUUACCAUGGUAAAUCUCGAUCGGCGGCAGCCAUUAUACAAUAUUUAAUGAGCCAUUACAAAAUAUCUUUAGAUUUAGCUUUCAAAACGGUGAAACGUAGAAAACCGGAUAUCGUUAUCAAUCAAGGCUUGUGGAAAGCUCUAGAACGGUUGGACAGGAAAAUCAUUGAAAAUGAAAAGAUGGGUCUUGAAUCAUUUAAAUUACUUACUUCUACACCACCGUCGGUUCGGAAUGCAUGGUUGGACUGUUGACUUGAAUUCACAAUGGCAGGACUAUCUUCAGUUAAGAUUUCUGUGGCAUUUAGGUAUCCUGUCGCCAUAUCGUACGGCGUACAUCGUGUUUUCAGUUUCUGAAGGUCGGGUGGAACUGCCUAUUAAUUGUUCACAAUGGUCAUGUAAUGGGUUUAUGCAACGUAAAAUAAAACGUGAAAAAGUAAAUGGAAAAGAUGGAGUGCAAUUAAAAGGAAAACAAACACCCUACGUGGAAAAUAUAAUCUCGUGCAUUUGAAAGUUUAACAAACCAAUUAAAUAUAGUCCCGUUUUGUGUGUUUUAAUUAUGUGCCUUCAAAUAGAUUUUCGUACUAUUGAUAUAAAUAAUUGCUUCAACCUAUGAAUAUUUUGCAUCGACUUGCACGCCUCAAUAUAGUCUAUUGAACGAAACUAUUAUAGCAGCUUCCCCUGUGAUUUAUCUAUAUCUAGCCUAUGAUAAUUACAUGUUCGUAUACCAGUGCCUACAUAUUAUUUCGAUGACGCUCGUUCAGUGAAUUAAAUCCAGCAUGACUUCAACGUAAGCCUUUAGUACGUUAUUGCCGUUCGAACUUGUAAUGUAUUUUAGUUCAAACAGGACAUGCCAUAAUGUGAUUUUAUAUAAUUUAGUUCAUUUCAUCAAUAAUUUGGAUGGAUUAAUGUAUAUUCGUCAAUCCCAGACUUACAGUCUAGAAAAUAUCAAUAAUAAAUAUAUCACAACGGAAAACGGGGCUAAAAUUAAAAUUUGUAUUCGUGUGUCGAAUUUUAGCUUGGAAUUGUUUCAUGUUCUUAUUUUUACAAGUCAUUUUAAUACGUUGAAGGUAUAUUGUCGUUACUCAUAUCUUGUAAACUCGCCACAGGUUUGAGAUUUUGACUACCCACCCUGUCAUUGUCAAGUCAAUUUAAUACGGAGUCACUGCGCCUUUUACAGAAAGCUUAUAGGCUUUGGCUUUUAUUUUACAUCACAGCAUAAUUUAGACUUUGGUACAGUGAUGUAGGAAUAUCAAAUAUAUGCCUGAUACAAAAUACGAGUCUGGAUGACGGUUAAUGAAUCGAACUUAGAAAGCCCCACUGGAAUAAUCCUCGGGCUUUAAGCGACCAACUCAAAAUUUAUGUCGGGUUUCGACCCAAAUUAAUUCUUCCGAUUGCACUGGAUGUAUGCAUAAUUCCGUAUUGUAUCAUAAUUUUCGUAUGGUUUUCCUCAAAAGCACCCUUGGUGGAUAUGUAGCGCUUAUUCGGUGUAUGUUGAAUUCACAGUCUUGUGGCAUCAAGUAAAGGUUUCGUGAGAAGUGCCUCAUUAUUCGUCGGAAAGGGAACCCUUUAAAGAACAAAUUUUCUAUAACCUCAAAGAUAAGAGAAAAAUAGAGGUUCUUUUGUUUCCUAACUGAAAUUACGUUCUAGAAGAUAUAUUUAGUUAUUUAUGUUUUUCGGGAAAUUCGGUGAGAUGCUUUCCUUUCUGUAUUUUCAUAAUGUCAGCAUAGCUAUAUGUGAUUUUAUACGACUGAUACAUAAGCUGCUUUGGGCAAUAUCUAUGGGCAAAUUAAGCUUGGCACAGCAUAAGAACGAAUAUAACUACAUCGAAAGGAACCUGGCAGCAAUAUACAAUAUAUCUGAUUAUCGUUUAUGCGGCUACGUGGUCCCGUGUACACGAUGGCGUGUAUACACAUAAAAGAACCCUCGAAAGUUGGAAUUCGUUGAAGAGUGGUGGAUGUUUGGUGCCUGGUUGGUGCAGAAAAGCAGGAUAUUAAACUACAUUUCAUUUCCAUGCAAACUCUGGAUUCAAAGGGUGCUCACACUACUGAUGUUGUAUGUAUGUCGCCUGUAUAUCAAAAUAAAAAAGGAGCACAGUUUUAUAACAAUACAUAUAAAAUAACACGAUAUUUCAUUAUUUUAACGCCAUCUUAAGCACCGGGUCGGGUUCCCCUCUUUCUGUCUUAAUCCCCAAUAU